AUGGGUGAAGCUGUGGAUGCUAGCGAUGCGCCGACACCUGGUAGCAACAGUGAGGACAACAACGACACGGAUGAGGACGGUCUCUCGCUGCCGCUCAACUUUGGCGCGGAGCGGCCGUGGUUUGUGCCCACAUCAGGGGUCGUGCAGCUUCACCCGCUCUCGUCGCAAGACUGCGCACUGCUACUGCGGUUCGUCCUUUAUCUGCGCCAGCAGACCGAGGCCAACCUUGUGCCGUCGCUGCGCCGCGCGCUGAUCGAUGCCGAGCAUCAGGCAACAGGGACAGGUGUAGACGGAGAGAAAUACGCCAAGGGGGGUGACGCUUCCGCAACGUUUGAGCCGCCAUCACCGUCGUCGUCCAUCGCAGCUGACACAAGCAGUCGUGUCCGCAGUUCUCAUCUUACCUUAGCAGACGUGAUUCGCUACCUGGACACCGCGCCGCCUCCGGUGAUUGCCUUUACCGAGUCGCUCCCCGCCAACCGCGCAAGCCCGUGCGCGACUCGCCCUCGCCCCGGCUCCAUCUCGCCCGCCUUCGUGUUUCACCUGUACCUCGAGAACAUCUCCUCGCAGAAUGCCCUCGGACACCUGGCUGGUCUCUUCGGCAUUCCCCAACGCGCCUUCCUGACGCAUACAGCAGCGAGCAAGAUGUCCUGCAGCACGGUGCUGUGCGCUGUCGCCGAGGACCGCGUGCGGCGGGAGCACCUUCUACACCUCAACACCCUGCGGCACCCGGGGUUUGUGAUGCGCGUGAGCGACAUUCGUGAAGUGAACGAGGACGGGUGCGGCUCCUCCGACAGGUCGGCCGGCAGGAACGCGUCAUCGUCCUCGUCGGCACGCUUGUUCUUCGAGCUCGCACGCUGGCAGCCUCUCUACCACGUCGAGGUACUGAUACGGCGGGUGGGUAGCGCGCGCAGCACCGCGAGUGGCGCCGGCCUCUCGACUCGGCAGCAGAUUGAGCACCGCCUGCGCGCCGUGCAGAGGGUGGGCGCGAUUUGCUUCUGCGCCAACCGCGAGGCGUCUUUGGCGCGUGCAGCGACGGACGUGCUACACGGCUUCUUCCGCUCUGCAGUGCUGAACGCGCUGCAGCGCCAGAAGGCGCCAGUGCCGCUGACCCGCUUCUUGAAGCGACCCAACGUCGCAACAGCGCAGCACGCGCACCACGUCAGCACAGAUGUGACCGUUCGGCAGGUGCUGAAGGCCUUUAUGCAGUGCAACGGCGACUGGCAGGAAACGGUGGUGCGCACGCCAUACGUGUGGCGUCGCCGCUGGAUCAACGCGCUACGCGGGCUUGUCUGGAACACCAUGGCGAGUCAGCGCAUCCGCAAAGCGGGGCGGGAGGUCUGCCUCGGCGAUAUCGUGCUGAAGCCGGCGUACCGUGAUGACGUGCAUCGGCGCGGCAUCAUGACGGUGAAAGCGGAGCACGUGAUGGUCGUGACAACGUCUGCGGAAGCACAGGCGGCGUGCAUGGAGGACGUCUUCAUACCGUUCCUCCGCGGCCGCUACCCAGAGCAUCUCUUCGCCGAUGAGUCCACCGGGCAUCCGAUCAUGACGCGUCGGAGCAUGCUGGCCCUACUGCGAGCGAUGCACGCGCCGCAGCUGCUUCUGGGCUUCACUGACGAGGUGCGGCUGCUGCUUGACAUCAGGGCCGACGUCUCACCGAUGCUCUUCCGCCGCCUGCUGGGGCGACCAGUGGAAUUUGAGUUCGCCAUCAUGGAAGACAAGCCUCCUAUGCACGCACUACACUUCGAUGCGGCACGGCUGCUCACCAACGACCGCUGGCUGGCCGCCGAUGGUGUGAAGAGGCUGCAGAGCCAGCCGUCCUCGGAAAUAGGCAUCAAAGACGCGAACAGCGGCAACGGCAACGCCCCACGUGUCGCAGCGCUGCAGCAGACCCGCGCAGGUCAUUUGAUGCCCCCGAGUGUGGUGCUCGAGCACACCACCCUCGGCGCUCGCCUCGCCUCCGGCAUUCUCUCAGAAGAGUUCUUCAGUGUCCCCUCGGCAGACGACUACGUGGUGCUCGGCCACGCCCACCGCCACCUUGACGGCGGCCUCGUCCACGCCGCCCCACACUCGGACACCGCCGACGUGGGCGAUCGGGUGUACUCCGUCUAUAUCCGCGCGGUGGUGGAGCACAACCUUGCCGGCCUGUCCAACAUGCUGCGCGAGUACUUUGUGCUCUCCGGUAUAGAGACGGAGGCGGACAGCUCGCUGCAGCACAAAGUACACCGCAUGCGGCGCGAGCUCGAUCCAGAGACAGAGGUGCUGGCAGCGCCGGUGUACUGCUCGACGUGUUACAAUCGAGACCACGACACACAGGAGCAGUGUGCCGAGUACCAGUACAAGCGCCAUCGCCGUGGCGUGCAGCUUGAUCUGGCUGCGGCGGCUCUCCACCUGGGGGAAGAAGCCCAGAUGGGGGGGACGGUGCGAGGAGAUGCGGUGCUGCCGGGGGUGGCUGGGACGCUGGAGGACGGGCAUCGCGGCUUGGCGAGAGACGAAGCCGCGGCGACUGACGAAACCCUCUUGAUGCCGCCUGCGAAGUCUAUGGCGGCCACAGCAGCGGCGACCACGCUGGCAGUGGCGCCUAUGCGAACGGCGCGCACGGUGUGCAUGCGCUGGCGACUGAGGCGCCGCCAUGACGAGCAGCGCUGGGGCGUGCGUUUGACGAAGGCACUUCACCUCGUCGAUAUCGAAGAUGCGUCACUGGUGCGGGAGGCGGCGGUGUGGUGUAGCGAGGCCGGUGACGCUGUGACUAGUGCAUCCACAGCAGCAGUGGCCAUGCCGAACGAAGCCGAGGCGUGCCCCUGGCCCUCCUCGUGGAUCUCCCAGAGCGCUACACUGGACGAGCAGACGCCGCCGUCAUCGUCAUCAGCGCUGCGUAUCCUUCGGUACCUGCGUGCCGCACUUCAUGGCAGUGUCAAUGCGGACACAGACGCGGUCCCACUGCAGCGGGACGCGCUUGCGGAGCUGCUGGAACACUCACCGCUCAUACGACUGCCACCGGCUGCAUCGGCAGCUGCGCUGCCGCCAUCCACUGAGACCCCCGCGGCGUCACAGCUGAAGGCGUGCAAGUGGCGCUUGACGAAGGUGAACGCGAAGCCGGUUACCACCCAGCGCGACGUGGCUGCAGUCCUGCUCACCGAAGCUACCAAGUCGCGCGAGGUGUGGCUCACCUUCGAAGUAUCAAUCGGCACCACCACCGAGGGCAGUGACGCUGAUGUACUGACGCACGCGAAGCCUGGUGCGAGUGGCAGCAUGGGUGCACUUUCAAAGUGCAACAACGCCGUCUCGACUGUCCAGAGAGGUGCCGUCCUGCAGAGCACCUCUGCGAUGCCGCCAGAGCAGCGACAGGAAGCAGAGGCGGCGAUGCGACGUGCCUUGAGCGGGGUCAGCCCCGACACACGGAAGUGGGUUCAGGACCUGCCGCACCGAGUCACCGUCGUCCUCAAGAUGCACCGCCGUGACGUGCAGGCGCAUCGCUCGUGGGGGCUGCAGCUCGACGGGUCGGACAUGACGCUCGUGAACUUCGCGAAACUGAUGUCGCAGUUUAUGACUGGCUCGGACGCACGCGGCAAGCAGGGGCAGGGAGGUGGUCAUAGCUCUGUUGCCUCCAUCGCCCCUGGCAACGCGUUUCCUCGCCUCAACAGCAGCAGCAGCAGCGACAACAACAACGAGCGUCAGUCUCAGAGAGCCUCUAAAUUGCUGAGCGACAGUGAUCCAGCGCUGAGGCACCUUUUAAACGACAUGUACCGCGUGGUGCGCAUCCAUAACACACCGGUGCGCCACAAGGUGGAAGCGGCGCGCGCGAUGGCAAACUUUCAGGCAUCACUGGACGCGGUAUUGCCGUCGGCAGACGUCGUCGGGCAAUCCUCGCAGCUCUACAGCAGCAACCAUCUUGGCGCACACGCAAGCACCUCAACAUCGAGCGAGCAGCUCUUUCUUACACUCACAUUAGAGCGCAAGGCCACGAGCUACCGACUCUGCAACUCGCUGGCCACGGAGCAGGGGCUGGAACCUGCAUGUGCUGAGCUCAACAGCUGCAGUGACGCGCCCCCGUCUGCGGCGUUUCCGCCCCCAGCCGCAGUGGCGGUGGUGGACGCAGCCCUUCUGUCUGGUUUAGCAACAGAGCACUGCCCGGUGCGGCCUAUCACGGAGGUGCAGCUUUCGCGCAGCGUCGCAACAGUUGCCAUCAACCGACUGCUGCUCACGAGCGCGACAAUGAAGAAGUGGGGGCUGCGCCUGCAGAAGGGCACGCGGCGUCUGAAAGCCAUACAAGAGAAUGAGCACUUCAGCUUCCAUGUCUUCGCCAGCAAGAAGUCGCAGGGGACGCGCAUCGCCGACACGCUGCGCCUACUCCCCUCCGCCACCGCCGCCGCGACGGGGGCGACAACAAGGCGUGCUCAUCAUCUCUACUACGUGGAGCGCGUUAACCGCACCGCUGUCCGCUCGCACGCAGAGCUGCGGCAGGCGCUGCAAAUUUCUACCCAGCAGCCGACGCAGCAGCAGCAGCAGCAGCUGGGACGCGGCCUCACCCCUCUGCCAGCCCUGCCCCCUGAGUCCGUGACGUUGAGCGUCCGCCAGUUCCCGCUGCUGCGCCUUUCAGCAACCGUCCGUCGCGGCGGUGUAGGAGAAGAGAGCGCGCUUGGCCCCGUGGGCAUCCAGGUGGACAAACGCAUGCAGGUAGUCGCCGUGUUCGCAGGCAGCCCCAUGGCCCGCGCUCUCGACGAGGCUGCAGGGCCCAUCUGCUCUGUUCGGCGGCUGAUCCGUGACCGCAGCGACGCCAGCUGUGUCAUGGACAACACACCACAGGUUGGCUCAGAGGCGUGGUGGUGCGCUGUUCAAGAUGUGCGAUUGCGGCAGCAGUUGGCAUCAGUGGCAGCGGCUCUCUCAGCACUCUCCGGCAGCUCCGCAGGCGGCAGUGCAGGUGACAACGACCCCAAAGAGGAGUGUAUGGCAGUGACAGGCACAACCAAGGCGAAGAAGUCGGUCAAGCGCCAAUGGAACUACGGUAUGGACGAAGACGACGGGGACAACGGUGGCGGUAGUGAUGAUGCCCCUGAAGCUCGCGUGACGGCGGCAACUACCGAAGCGUCUCCCAGCGCGCCGGUGAGGCAGGUACCAGCUUUGUCCCCGUCACCAGCUGAGGACAAGUCGGCUCUCCGCGCCAUCCUUCACGACCUUGCUGCCACUGCGGCACAUGUUCAGCAGCAGUUCUGCAUGUGCACUAUGGUGGACGGUGUACACAUGCUCCAAGCAUCGGUGCUGCAGGAGUUCGCCCUGGCGCAGCUGGCUAAGCUGGAGCAACGUCUCGGUUGCACGUCUAGCGGCACGGCAUCCUCUGAUGACGCGGCGGAGGCGAUGGUAAUGCUGGGAGCGCCAGAGGCAGAGCUGCUGCAGCUGCAGGAGCGUCUCACUGCGGUGCAUCACGAAGUCCGCUGGGAAGUUUUGUACGCAGUGGAGUCGAAUAGGCCGCUGCGCACGCCGGCAGACUUGGCGGCUGCCUUCGCGCCUGGCGUUGCGGAGGAGACCAUCAUUCUUCAGCAGAUAAUAGAGGACUGA